ACUUCCCCUCAUGAUUUUCUUGUUUCUGCUUCAGUUAUGUGACGUUGUCCAUCAUUACAGUACAAACAGAGCUUUUUUCUGGACGUAAGUCACAAUGAAAACCAGAUUCACCACUGUGGACAUCAGGGCGGCCAUAGCAGAGAUCAAUGCCAACUACAUUGGCAUGAGAGUGAAUAACGUGUAUGACAUCGACAAUAAGACCUAUCUCAUCCGUCUUCAGAAGCCGGACAGCAAAGCUGUUCUCCUGAUAGAGUCUGGGACCCGUUUUCACUCUACAGACUUUGAAUGGCCCAAGAACAUGAUGCCUUCGGGCUUUGCUAUGAAAUGUCGAAAACAUCUGAAAAGCCGGCGGCUGACCCAGGUUAAGCAGCUGGGAAUCGACAGGAUAGUUGACAUCCAGUUCGGCUCGGAUGAGGCCGCCUACCACCUCAUCGUUGAACUCUACGACCGGGGCAACAUCAUCCUGGCUGACCAUGAGUACACCAUCCUGAAUCUGCUGAGGUUCCGUACAGCGGAGGCAGAAGAUGUGAAGAUAGCAGUGAGGGAGCGGUACCCCGUGGAGAGCGCCAGGCCCCCAGAGCCCCUCAUCACUUUGGAGCGGCUCUCAGAAAUCUUAAGCAAAGCCCAACAUGGAGAGCAGGUGAAAAGAGUCCUGAACCCACAUCUGCCCUACGGAGCCACUCUGAUAGAACACAGUUUGAUCGAAGCAGGACUGCCGGGAUCUUUAAAAACUGACAGUCAAGCUGAUGUUGCUGAAGUUGCUCCUAAAAUCCUGGAAGCCUUGCAGCUAGCUGAAACAUACUUGGAAAAAACGGAGAGAUUCAGUGGCAAAGGUUAUAUCAUUCAGAAGAGCGAGAAGAAACCAAGUUUGACUCCAGACAAACCCAGCGAAGACCUCCUGACGUACGAUGAGUUCCACCCGUUCCUCUUCGCCCAGCACACAAAGAGCCCUCAUCUGGAGUUUGACACCUUCAACAAGGCAGUGGAUGAGUUCUUCUCCAAGAUGGAGAGCCAGAAGAUUGACAUGAAAGCCUUGCAGCAGGAGAAGCAGGCUCUGAAGAAGUUGGAAAAUGUGAAGAAGGACCAUGAGCAGAGGCUGGAGGCCCUGCACCAAGCACAGGAGGUGGACAGAAUAAAGGGCGAGCUCGUGGAGAUGAACUUGCCUGUGGUGGAGAGGGCGCUGCAGGUGGUGCGCAGCGCGCUCGCCAACCAGGUGGACUGGACUGAGAUCGGCGUCAUAGUGAAGGAAGCCCAAGCGUCCGGGGACCCCGUGGCCUGCGCCAUCAAGGAGCUGAAGCUGCAGACCAACCACAUCACCAUGCUGCUGAAAAACCCCUACAUCUCUGACGAAGAACAGGAUGAGGAGGAGAAGGUGAAGGUGGUGGAGGAGAAGGGAAAGAAAGGCAAAAAAGACAAAGGUCAGAACAAGAAGCCGCAGAGGAACAAGCCGAUGUUGGUGGACGUGGAUCUGGGGCUGUCGGCUUACGCCAACGCUAAAAGGUACUAUGACCACAAACGCAGCGCGGAGAAAAAGGAACAGAAAACCAUAGAAGCUGCAGGCAAGGCCAUGAAAUCUGCAGAGAGAAAAACACAUCAGACCCUGAAAGAGGUGCAGACGGUGACCACCAUUCAGAAAGCCCGGAAGGUCUAUUGGUUUGAGAAGUUCCUGUGGUUCAUCAGCUCUGAGAACUAUCUGGUCAUUGCUGGCAGGGACCAGCAGCAGAACGAGAUGAUCGUUAAACGCUACCUUCGCGCAGGUGAUAUCUAUGUCCACGCGGAUCUACAUGGAGCAACUAGCUGCGUCAUCAAGAACCCCUCAGGGGAUCCCGUUCCUCCCCGCACUCUGACAGAGGCUGGCACCAUGGCUGUGUGCUACAGCGCUGCUUGGGACGCCAAGAUUAUCACCAGUGCCUGGUGGGUCCACCACCAUCAGGUGUCUAAGACCGCUCCCACUGGAGAGUAUCUGACUACUGGGAGUUUCAUGAUCAGAGGGAAGAAAAACUUCCUCCCGCCCUCCUACCUGAUCAUGGGCUUCGGUUUCCUUUUUAAGGUGGAUGAGCAGAGUGUGUUUCGGCACCGCGGGGAACGGAAGGUGAAAACUGUGGAGGAGGACCUGGAGGAGGUCACAUCAAGAACUGCUGAUCUGUUAGAGGAGGGAGAGGAGCUGAUCGGAGACGACAGCAGUAAUGAAGAUCAAGGCGAAGGGAAAGCAGGAGAGACCAAAGAGGACGACGAUGAAGGUAAAACGGGAAGCGCUGCAGAGACGGACGGCGGCGGGACGGCGGCGGAGCCGAGCAGCAUGGAGGACGGUAACGAUGGAGACAGCGGCGUGGAAGACGAGGCAAAGAGCGACGAGUUCAGCUUUCCGGACACCACCAUCUCACUCCCUCACUUACAGCCAAACAGGACUGCUCCCAAUCCUGGGUUUAAAAAAGAAACCUCUACUCAGGCUGAGAUGGAUUCACAAGCAAAGAAACACAUGAGUGCCAAACAGAGAAGAGAAGAGAAGAAGAAGAAGCAGAAACUGGAGGGCUCCGACACCGAGGAGAAGACAGAGACUCCAGCUGUCGGUCCGGGGUCUAAAAAUGGAGGAGGACCUUCUCAGCAACCUCUAAAGAGAGGCCAGAAGAACAAACUGAAGAAGAUCAAAGAGAAGUACAAGGACCAGGAUGAAGAGGACAGGGAGCUGAUGAUGCAGCUGCUUGGGUCAGCCAGAUCCACCAAGGAGGAAAAGGAAAAAGGCAAGAAAGGGAAGAAAGGGAAAGGAAAAGAGGAGCUGGUGAGGAAGCCCGUUUCACAGAAACAGCAGCAGAAACGUCCAGAUGCGGCGCCCGGCGAGAGGAAACCGGAGGGACCGGCAGGAGAGGAAGAGGAGGAGGAGGGGAAGGAGAAGCCAUCUGGAGAUCAGCAGGAGGAGAAGGAAGACGAUGUGGAUCCGGAUAACCCCGGAGCAGAGGAAGCAGAGAACCUGCUGACGUCUCUGAGCGGCCAGCCUCACCCUGAAGACGUGCUGCUGUUCGCCGUCCCGGUCUGCGCUCCCUACACGGCCCUGUCCAGCUACAAACACAAGGUGAAGCUGACCCCGGGUUCUCAGAAGAAAGGAAAAGCUGCUCGAACUGCGCUGCUCAGCUUUAUUAAAGCUAAAGACGCCUCGGCCAGAGAGAAGGACCUGUUCCGCAGCGUUAAGGACGGGGACCUUUCCAGAAACAUGCCGGGGAAGGUAAAGGUGUCGGCUCCAAACCUUCUGGCCGCCAAGAAGAAAUGAUCAGCAGAUCCAGACCGGCCAAGUUCUGUUUUCACUGGUGGAAUAAGAGUUUGUUUUCUU